GUAAAAUCCAGAAAUCCCCCUGCAGCAGCAUAGUACUAUCGCAAUAUGGCCGACGAAUCGACGCACAAAGUCAACUUGGUGUCGCAAGAUGGGGACAGCUUUGAAGUGUCCCGCGCCGUCGCCAUCAUGAGCGAGUUGGUGCGGACGAUGAUUGCCGACGAGCAGGACGAGGAAGUGCAGGAAAUCCCGCUUCCCAACGUCAAAAGCACCGUGUUGUCCAAAGUGAUUGAAUUCUGCAGCCACCACCACAACAAUCCGAUGGCAGAUAUCGAAAAGCCUCUGCGUAGUGGCGACAUGAACGACGUGGUCGGCGAAUGGGAUGCGUCGUUCGUCGACAUUGAGCAAGAUUUGCUCUUUGAAUUGAUCUUGGCUGCGAACUACAUGGACAUCAAGAGUCUUCUGGAUUUGGCUUGUGCAAAGGUGGCGAGCAUGAUCAAGGGCAAGACUCCCCAGGAAAUCCGCGAAACCUUCAACAUCACGAACGACUUCACCCCCGAAGAAGAGAGUCAAAUUCGCGAAGAGAACAAGUGGUGCGAAGAAGCUUAGGAACUAUUUGCCUCUGGUUAAUGGAGAAAGCAUAUUUUGUGAUGAGA